GGGCGGUAAACCUGUGGAAAAGGAAUCGGGGCGCGAAACCUCUAUGAAUAAUUCGGAGAAUCGCAGUAAGUCGUAUGCCGAAGUAGUAAAAGGUGGAAUCGAAUUCUAUGGAGCAGGGAAGUGCAUUAUCAAGCGAAGUGGACCAAAUCGUUUCAUUGAGGUUGGGGAUACAGGGGUAGUAGAAAGAGAGGAACUUCUCGGGCGUUGUUUAAUUUUAUCCUCUGUCAGUUUCAAGUCGGAUGCUCUUGCUAGCUUUAGGCAGUGGGCUGUUCACAACUGGGCGAUUGACAAAAGCUUUGUUAUCGAAGAUAGAUGUGAUGGAAGUUGGUUGUUAAUAUGCCCAUGUGUCGCUGAAGCUCAAAGAAUUAAAUCUCUGGAACAUCUGAAGUUUCGAGGAGAGCAUAUUAAGUUCUUAGAGUGGCAGGAUGGCGUCAAGAAUCCGAGGGCCGACGUUGUUCGGAUCUUUGCCUCCAACAUACCUAUGCAUCUGAAAAGUGUGAAUUUACUGAAGACCAUCGAAAAUUUCUGUGGUUCGUUCAUAGACAUCGACUGGAAUUCAUGGUAUCUUCCUUUCGAUCGGAUCAGGAUCAAGAAAACUGCUCGCAUUCCUAAUGAAGUUCCUUUAAGGUUCGGGUCUCAAUCUUUCUCCGUGAAGAUUGUGGUCUCUCCGGAGGCGACCUCGGCGGACGGCAGAAUGAUUGGAGGGAAGAGGAAGGGUCAUGCUUCGGUUACGUCCACCAGCACUUUGUCCAAGGACACGCAUGCAGUGAAUAUUAACGCUGGAGGCAACUCUAUAAUUAAUAGGAAUAGUCGGCCGACCCACUUUUUCAAAGGCAGCCGGGAAGUCGAAAGAGCGUAAGUUGUUUCCUAUUCUCCUUCCUUCGGGGGUCGGGUUAAGCGCGUGUGGAUCAGAAAGGAAGGGCCUGUGUGGCCGUUUCCCAGAGCUGGGCCCAAUCCUAGUCCUAGCGAUCGGAGGGAGAAAGCUGCUAGGUGUAUCUCUUAUCCGGGCUGGGCCUCGCAAAAGAAUGGGCCCGCGGGUAUUGGUGGAUCGUCCGCGCAUUCUCCUUGGUGCAGCCCAGUUCGUAACAUUUUCUGGAAUCUACACCCUUGCCUUGUCCAACUUGCGUUGGGCUUCCUCGGUAGGGAGUUUCGAAGGAACUAUCCGAACUGUUUGGGCCUUCCCUCUUCGGGUCUUUCACCGUCUAAAAAAAAACUAUUUUUACC